GUGUUUAGGGUAACUGACAUGUUUCUAGCCGAGAACAGCUCACUCCCAGCGGGUCUCUGACCUGUCAAAAAAAAACAACCCACCAUAUCAUGGCUGCUGCAACCAUGAUAUGCUGCAGCUUGAAAAAUGCCAGAAAAGUCUUCGCUCGGUGCCGCAACAGGAGCGUCCAGAGGACGUUUUCCAGCGCUACGCACCAGGAAAACGAGACUGAACUCCGAGAUUCCACUUUGACUGCAGCAAACUUCCAGAGCAGACCCGGAAUGGAGAGGUUAACAGAUAAGAACGUCCUACCGUUUUCUGCUUUCUUGACCGACAGCUUUGGCCGCAGACAUAACUACCUGCGCAUCUCCCUGACUGAGAAAUGCAACCUUCGCUGUCAGUAUUGCAUGCCGGAGGAGGGAGUGAAGCUCACGCCGCGGGCCCAGCUGCUCUCCACCUCAGAGGUGCUGACCCUGGCUCGGCUCUUUGUCCGAGAGGGAGUGGAUAAAAUCCGCCUCACUGGAGGGGAGCCUCUCAUUCGACCCGAUGUUCUGGAUAUCAUUGCUGAAUUGAAGAAGCUGGACGGCCUGAAAACUGUUGCAGUCACAACCAACGGCAUCAACUUGUCCAGACUUUUGCCAAAGCUGAAAGAAGCCGGUCUGGACCUGAUUAACAUUAGCCUCGACUCACUGGUUCCAGCAAAAUUUGAGUUUAUAGUCAGACGAAAAGGUUUUCAUAAAGUCAUGGAAAGUAUUGAUAAGGCAGUUGAGUUGGGCUACAAUCCAGUCAAGAUCAACUGUGUGGUGAUGAGAGGCCUGAACGAGGAUGAGCUCUUAGAGUUUGUGCAGUUCACAGAGAAGAAGCCUCUGGAGGUGCGCUUCAUUGAAUACAUGCCCUUCGAUGGAAACAAGUGGAACUUUAAGAAGAUGGUGAGUUACCAGGAGAUGCUGGACCAGAUCCGGCAGCAGUGGCCCAAUCUGGAAAGGCUUCAGUCUGGACCUGCUGACACUGCCAAGGUAAGAGUCAAAGAUUGGACACAAUUCUUAUGUUGCAAAAGUUUUCAAACUACUUCAAAUUCAAACAAUUUGUCAACUACAAACUUCAGUACAUGUUAUUAAGAUUUUGUGUGCUGG